GUGUUCCCACCCUUUCGUCGCUCGAAGCUUCGGCACUGCUCUCUCUGCUUUGCUCUCGAGAGUUCUCUCCCAUCCUUUAUCUUCUGCCACAAACCCCUCCAUUUUGCUGCACGGACGCGAAUCACCAUACGAAAGAGAAGAGAUUGAGAAAAGUCUCGUCGUGAUCGCCAUGAUUGCCUCCCCGGUCUCCAAACUCCUAGAGAAGCUCCGCUUCUCCCCCAUCCGCUCCGCCGUCGCGACCACCCCAUUCCGAUCGUUCUCCGCCGAGGCCCGCGACCUCGCCAGAGAUACACAACCCGUCGAUAUCGACCGCGGCACCGACGUCUCCCCCGCCCCCGCGACCCGCCGCCGCCGUCGCCGCGGCGGCGAUCUUUUCCCCAGCUUCUUCUCCGGGGGUCCAGAUGCGUUCGAUCCGUUCAACCCGACGAGGAGUCUGAGCCAGGUGUUGAACCUGAUGGACCAGAUGAUGGAGAGCCCGUUCGCGGCGGUGAGGGGGAUGCGGCGCGGGUGGGACGCGAGGGAGGAGGAGGACGCGCUGUACUUGAGUGUCGAAAUGCCCGGCCUGGGGAAGGAGGACGUGAGUGUGACGGUGGAGCAGAACGCGCUGGUGAUAAAGGGGGAGGGCGGGGAAGAGGAGGGGAAGGGCGAAGAGGAGGGGAGCGGGCGGAGAAGGUACAGCAGCCGGAUCGAACUGCCGCCGAAUUUGUACAAUAUAGGCGAGAUUAAGGCGGAGAUGAAGAAUGGGGUGCUCAAGUUGGUGGUGCCCAAGGUGAAGGAGGAGGAGCGCAAGGACGUGGUCCAGGUCCAGAUCGAGUGAGGAUAUAUAUAGAGAGUAUUUGCUAGCUUCCAUGUUUGCUACUUUGCUUGUUGUGUUCGUAGCGUGUUUGCGAGUUUGUUCGAAGUCGCAGACGUAAAGCUUUUCGAGCAUGUUAGUAUCCAAACUUUGUGUAGAAUGGAAUUUAGGUUUAGGAUUUAGGAAUGUCUAAUUUCUAAUGACUUUUGAACUGAAGGAUACCGGUGUCCAUGGAAGAGCAAAGCCGGCCUUUGGCUGAUUACCGUACAAUAUUGUUGAAUAACAAAUAUAUAUUUUAUAUUAGAUUCAGUGUGUCAAAGUUAUCGAU